GGGACGGCACAAGGCCGCGGGACGGAGUGGCUCUGCGCGGGGUACCCGUCCCAAUGGCGGCGCUGAAGUACGCGGGGCUGGAGGACACCGACAGCGAGGAGGAGCUGCCGCCGGGCUGGGAGGAGCGCACCACCCGCGACGGUUGGGUCUAUUACGCCAACCAUCUGGAAGAAAAGACACAAUGGGAACACCCUAAGUCUGGGAAGAGGAAACGUGUUGCAGGAGGUCUGCCAUAUGGAUGGGAGCAGGAAACUGAUGAAAAUGGACAAGUCUAUUUUGUAGACCACAUAAACAAACGGACUACCUACCUUGACCCAAGACUGGCCUUUACAGUUGAAGAUAAUCCAGCAAAACCUACUACUAGACAAAAAUAUGAUGGAAACAGCACUGCAAUGGAAAUACUCCAGGGCCGUGAUCUGAGUGGGAAAGUGGUUAUAAUCACGGGAGCAAAUUCAGGAAUAGGUAGGUUAAGAUUACAUAAGGUAAAUAUAGCCAUCUUUAUCUUUCAGGCUACUUUGUUUAAAUAGCCAUGUACUUUUGGUGUUCAAACUUGGUUUGCAUCAUUUCCAUAUGAAACAUAUAGUUAGAAAACUAUGUUCAGGUUUGUGUACUGCUUUUUAAGAAAGUGUGGAGA